AAGUGGCGAGCGCAGGUGCGCGGGAGGGAGAGGGAGAAGGAGAAGGAGAAGGAGAAGAAGGAAGUUAACGCGACAUGACCGGGCGAGCGGACUCUUUCAAGACUGCGCUGCACAGCUGUCGCUCGCUCGUGAAAUACGCUCAGUCGCGAGCCGGAUCCCAGUGAGAGGAGGCGCCAAGUCAAGUGAGAUACUUUGUUCGAAGUUCCCAGUACGGUUCAGCGCUACAAGUGAAGUGGCUCAGUUUCGCUCGCUGUGCGCGUGCAGCUCUUCCUCCGCUUUUAUUUUCUCCUUCUCUUCUGAUCUCGCCUCGUCCUUCGGGAGUUUUGCGCCUGUGUGGAGUCGCCGCGUUUAGCUGUGCGACCCGCGCUGGAAGAUGAACGGCACCGUGUUCAACCACACUGUCCUCACACACGACAUGCUCUUCAACAGGAGCCUGGUGGACUGCUGCAGCGGCGGCUCCAUGUCCACGAGCGACGGGGCGUCGCUCGCUCUCCCGGCAGACGAGCGCAAACUCUUCGUGACGCGCGUGGUGCAAAUCGCCGUGCUCUGCGUGCUCUCCCUCACCGUCAUAUUCGGCAUCUUCUUCCUGGGCUGCAACCUCAUGAUCAAGUCGGAGAGCAUGAUCAACUUUUUGGUGAAGGAGCGCCGGCCGUCCAGGGACGUGGAGGCUGUCAUCAUCGGACUGAACUAGCGUAGUCCGCGCGGCUCUUCAGGGGAUAUGCUGCCGCCGCCGCCGGAACUUGGCCUCCGGGGUGCCGCUAAAUAUGCAAACGAUAUUUCAUGUGCCAGUAGCGAUUGUCGAAGGGGGGGGGGGGGGUCGUCUUCUCCUGCUGCCGCCGAGGAGGCUUCGUCAAACUAAAGUCAUUUCUCGAGUGAAAGAAGUUUGUUUGCAAUGAAACAUGAAUGUAUCGCAGUUUUACGUGUCUGGGCGCGCGGGGGUUCAGGUCUAGUCUUGUUUGUAUCCUUGGAAGAAAAAAACGAAUGUCAAUAGUACUAGUUAGAACAAAAUAUACUUUAAUUAUUUUAAUACCUUCAGCUUACUAUAUGUAUAUUAUGGGGGUAAUGUAUCGGUAUCGAUGUUCGUUGUUCAAACGCAAAGUUUAUAGAUGUCGAAAGUUAACGCAUGCAUAUUUUUGUGCAUGACACUAAACACUCGUGUAAGUACUGUACCAAUGAUGUGGAUAUAUUUUGGAAACGGCCUUUUUGCAGACUCCACUUUAAAACGCACGCUCGGAGAAGGCUGCUCUUUGGUGGUCGACAUGCGCAUGUUCACUUUAUUACUGCACUUGAACUUGGUUUUCCUCCAAAAAGCGUUAUUUGGUGCUUGGUUGUUUACAGUGAACUUGAAUACAACGUUUUUGCACUUUUUACAGAUGCUAUAUGUUU